AUGCGUAUGGAGACUUUGAGAAGGCUAAUUCGAGAGAGUGAUGUAUCUUGUAAAAAUGAACUUCGAGUGACUGGACAUACUUUUAAUGUGCUUUGUGAGAUGCUUAGAGAUAUAGGAGGACUUAGUGGGACUCGAAACAUGUCACUUGAGGAGAUAGUAGUUAUGUUUAUGUAUAUAUUGGCUCACCAUAAGAAAAAUAGGUCUAUUGGACACUUUUUCAUUAGAAGUGGAGAAACAGUGAGUAGACAAUUUCACCUUUGUCUUACGGCUAUCCUAAAGUUACAUGAGCACUUACUUACUAAGCCUACACCAAUAGCCGAUGACUGUGAAGAUGAUAGAUGGAAACCUUUCAAGAAUUGUUUAGGUGCAUUAGAUGGCACCUACAUUAAUGUGAGUGUGCACGGAAAAGAUAGAGAAAGCAAUCGAACAAGGAAAGGCACCAUAGCCAUGAACGUAUUAGGGGUUUGCACGCCUAAUCUGGAGUUUGUCUAUGUACUACCUGUGUGGGAAGGUAAAUAUUACUUGACUGAUGCUGGAUACACCAAUUGCGAUGGGUUUUUAGCUCCUUUUAGGGGACAAAGAUAUCAUCUCAAAGAAUGGACGGAUAACCUACCACGAAGUGCCGAAGAGUAUAUCAACAUGAAACAUGCUAGGGCUAGAAACGUGUUUGAGAGGUGCUUUGGUUUGCUAAAAGGGAGGUGGUCUAUACUGAGAAGUCCAUCAUUCUUUCCUAUUCGGACUCAAGGCCGCAUUGUUAUGGCAUGUUGUUUACUCCACAAUCUCAUUAGGAGAAUUAUGCCUACAGAUGACAUAUCUUAUGAUUCCGAUGAAGAAUCUGAAGAUGAUGAUUUAGAUGAUGAUUCGGAUGACGAAAUGGAGUUCAUUUCAACUCUUGAAACCUCGGAUGCCUGGAAUAACUUCAGAAAUACUCUCGCUCAAGAUAUGUUUAAUAGUUGGAGAGCUAGAAUUCGGCAAUGA